AUGGAGGACUUUGCCCGUGAGCACUACAAGGAUGAGGCUGCCCUGUCGCAACUCUACGAGGUUGUGGAUCGACUGAGAGUUGCAGCAAAGGAUGUGCAGAACUACGUCGACCGGUCACUGGUUCUCACCCAUGCCUUUGUGCCGAUCAUCGAGAGCACGUAUCCCUGCCACGGUGGCAACCAAGCAGUCUCGCUGGCGCAUAGCUUGCACCUGGCCCUUGGUCGGGUUAAGGAGGCGGUGGGUGGAGGAGGUGCUCAUGGAUCAGGUGGUCUACCGCCAAGCCCAGGAGCCGCGGACUUGCUGGCCGACACGGAGCGGACGAUUGGGUCCGUGACUGGCAACACGCCAGAUGGCUUGCAGCCCAUCCUGGAGGAGAAGGAUGAUCAACCGGAGGAGAACGUCGUCCUCGCGCGUGUGCCUCUGGAAGGCUUUGCAUGCAGGCUCUUCCAGUUCCACCCUCCGCGCCGGCGGAAAGGAAAGAGUCAGAGUCUCAUUGCUUUUGAUGCGGAUGAGGCCUUUGUGGCCUUUGAUGCCUUCGAGGCCUUUGAGACAAUUCCGUCUCACAGUCUCACAGUGCUGGAAACCGGGAUGCUGGCAUCACAGAAGUCCUGGGCGGUGGACCACUUCACGCUGGGAAAACCUUCUGGUUUCUGCAAGAAGGCGGAAAGUUUGCAAUGCUGGUGGGGCCAGAACAUGGCGGCCAUGGGAGCCAUGGGAGUGCCUCCGAUGGGAGGAAACUUCAUGUGGCCUUGUGGCGGCCCAGCAGGAAUGGGAUGUCCGGUGCCGGCCAUCAAUGAAGACCAACGCAACUACAUGGGGCAAAUCGUGGCAGGGAUGAAGAACUGCAGCUUGUUCCAGGUUGCUACCAGCCUGCAAGCCGCUGUCAAUGCGCAGGUGAAGAUCCCUCCUCAAUUCCUGGCCACAGUGCAGCAGUGGAUCCAAUCACGAGAGCAGAGUGAGACAGGCCUGUCGAACAUGCAGCUUGCGCAGUUCAUCGGUGCGGCGUCCUUCAACGAUCAGGCCAAUGGUAAUCUGCCAUGUGCAAAUGUGCAGGCGGCGCAGGCGCAGCCACCACCUCCAGCCCCACCACCCCCGCCUUCGGCACCCCUUCCAUCCUCUCCGAUGUACGUCGCAUCCCCACUUCCAAACUCGCCCAUGUACGUGGAGUCCCCGCUCUACGGCAAAGACCUCCGGCGGCCCGCGGAGCCGGCGGCGGCCGCGGCGGGCUCCAAAGACCGCAGGCGGCCGGCGGAGCCCGCCAGGCCGCCGUCCGGAGCCCGGGACUCUCGCAGACCUGCGGAGCCGAACAUGCCUCCACCCCGGCGCCCACCACCACCGCCGCCGCCGAUGCUGCCCUGCUGCACUGAGAGUAUGACUCGGGCGGCAGCUCGAGUUAUCUCGGCUCUGCGCAUGUUCCGCCAGCCGGGCUUGUUUGAGAUUGCUGCGCGUGAGCAAAGGCUCGGUGGAUGGAAGGGCCUGGAAGGAAGCGCGUCGUUGCCGUUCGGCCUGGGCAGCGUGGGCCUCUCCACUGCCUCCUCCGCCGCCUCCUCCCCCGCCCGCAAGAGACAGCUCCAGCUACUUGCACUCCUCAGCCGUCGAGGCACCGCCCUCAUCCGUGCCGUGGUCAGCGACGGAGGCCACCCCGCGAUAUGCCGGGGAGGCCACGCCCACGGCGGAUGGAGGUUGGACUCCAGCGCUGCAUGGAGCAUCCACUCCCACGGUGAUGCCAACUGCUACCCUGACAGCCACCCAAACGGCCACUGCUACUGUGCCAAGCACAGAGGCGACUUUCCAGAAACAGUAGAACCAGAGGCCAGGCUUUGCUUUGCUCAUGGCUUCGUCGUGAUCUGCCUCGCCAUUGUUUUGCCAGUUCGGCAAUUGCAUUGGUCGCAGGCGCCGAAGGACACACAGCAACCUCACCUCUCAGCCAUGGCGGUCGUGCUCGACGAUGCCCUUAGCAGCGAUGCUCCGUGGCUGCCAUACUGCGCGAUGCUUGUGAUGCUCGAGUUCGCCCUCCUUGGCAUCUGGUUCCUGGUGUCCUCGGCCCAGAAGCUCUGGAGACGGAGCGUCGUGGAGCAGGCUCCGGCGGCACGAGAGGAGCCGGUGCCCGGCAGCGACUCCGGGCACCUGCUAGUGGCCAAUGCAUCGCCCUGCGGGCCGCGCGGGAAGGGGGCACCUUCCUAUUCCACGGAGCCCACGGACUUCGACAGCGGCAUCUGCCACGGCUCCUGGCUCUGUAUUCACAAGCCGACAGCUGAUGCAGAGCGGAUGAAGGCUGGAGACUACCCUUUCGCUGAUCAUCUGCAUGCCAGGAAACGUCUCUGGGAGUUCCGGCUGCAGCUGAAGUUCCGGGAGUCUGUUCCAGCGGAGAACGUCUUCUUCGGCUGCGAGCAGGAUCGCUACUACCACGUGGGCACCAUUGAGCGCUACAUCUCCUCCUCGGUGAUUGCGCUCCUGAGGCAUGCCUCCGGUGAUGCCAUGUACCAGACUCACGGCGACGACCCGUCGUCUGUCCAAGGCGAGCCGGAGCGGCCAGCCAUCGUCUUUCCCCUUUGGGUCAUGGACCAGCUUAUCAUCACAGAGGAAGGCGAUGAGCCACCCAGCCUCAACGCACCGACCUCGCUCUCGCGUCUUUCAUGUCUCAUGCAACUCCUGCGCACGUCAUGCUUUGUCUUCCCUGUUUGUUUCGAUGCGGAAGAUAUCAUGUGA